ACCAACAAAGCCAAUUUGUUUUCAUAAAAAAGUAGUAAUUAUUAUUCUUUAAUAAACAUUCUCUUGCUAGGAGGCUAUAUAAAUAGUAGAGAAGAAGUGGGUGAAAAAAAUAUAGUAAUAAAGGCCAAUUGGCGUUAGCCAUAUUAUUAAGCUAAUUGUUCUUUUUUUUUUUUUUUGAGCGACGAAGCUUCCAUUUUUUUGUUUAUGAUGCGUCGCUCUGCAUCCAAGAAAGCGGGUCAACCCAAUUCAACCAAUCCGAUUCCUUAUUCUCCCUCCGAUCUCUUUCGCACCGCUUCGAGUAAGGCAUCUUCAAAAGAGAUGGAACGGAUUGACAACCUAUUUUAUUCUUAUGCCAAUAGGUCUUCUGGUAUGAUUGACCCAGAAGGGAUUGAAACUCUAUGUUUCAAUAUGGAAGUUGAUCACACAGAUGUUAGGAUCUUGAUGCUUGCUUGGAAAAUGAAAGCUGAAAAACAAGGAUACUUUACCCUGGAGGAAUGGCGCAGAGGAUUGAAAGCACUGAGGGCUGACACUGUAAGUAAAUUAAGGAAGGCCCUCCCAGAGCUAGAGAAGGAGGUCAGGAGACCAUCAAACUUUGUGGAUUUCUAUUCCUAUUCAUUCCGCUAUUGCCUGACAGAGGAGAAACAAAAGAGUAUAGACAUAGAGAGCAUAUGUCAAUUGCUGGAUAUUGUUUUAGGAUCCCAAUUCCGUGCGCAGGUUGACUAUUUUAUUGAGUAUUUGAAGAUUCAGAGUGAUUAUAAAGUCAUAAACAUGGAUCAAUGGAUGGGCGUUUUCCGAUUCUGUAAUGAGAUAAGUUUCCCAGACCUUAGUAAUUAUAAUCCCGACCUUGCUUGGCCGUUGAUCCUGGACAAUUUUGUAGAGUGGAUGCAGGCGAAGCAGAGCUAAAAUCUUAUUUGGUUUAGUCAACUUGAUUCUCAGCAGUAAACUCCACCAGUAUCAAAGCAGCCACACUUUCGAAGGGGUGCUUUUUUCUUGCAUAGAAUAUCUUGGCCGAAAUAACAACAAUUGAAUACAUGACAAAAUCUCCCUGCAACUGGUUCCCCUGUCUCCCCAGUCUGUUGUAACAGGUGUUGGCUUCAUUGCAGUCAUGCCUGAGCUAAUGAUGCCAAGCACCUACAACCAUUGAGGAUGAUCCUUAAAGGAUGGAUUGUAGCAACCAUUUUCUCUUUUAUCAUAUCAUCUGCUCUUUGAAAGUCAAUUUCAUCAACCAAAUUGGUAAUAUUCUUUCAAAGAGCUCUGUAAAGACCAUUCUCAUUGCCAGGUAUAUCACAAACGCUGCUGUUUAUGUGCCUGUAUUGGACAGCCAUCCACAGCCAGCAUUUUAAGUUAAAAACAAAUUUCUUAGGGCACCACCAAGCAAUCUGCUGGACAUCAAGUUUGGUAGGCAUGGUGUGGAUUUGAGCAACUUCAUCAAGGAAAUGUACUUUUUAAAGUGUGUCAUUGUGCUAUCACUGUUCCUGUAUUGGAUUAGCUCUGCCAAUUCUUUGCAUGAAACGUAUCUGAUAGAAACAGCUCUGUCUUAUGCUUGAUAGUUACAUAUCACUAUAAAAUACAUAUCAUGCCUGUGAAAAGGGCCUUACAUUUGUCAUGCUUCUCAUGGACAAGCAAACUUUAGGUAACCUUUUGGAGCAUAUGAUUUGGAUUUAACCAAAUGCAAAGUCAUACAUAAGUUGGAUGCUUUUCCUUGUUGCCAUAUAUCUGCAUAUAUCCAUUUCCUUUUAGACAGGUGUGGUCAUCUCACUGGGACUAAAAUCUCAUGGUCUACUUGUGCUGGAAAGUUUGCCAUUUAUUCGUUUCUGAUGAGUGUUUGAUGUUUGAAUGAAAAGAAAGAAUUUAUUUGGAGCAUUUGGGUGGUUGGAAUUUUUUAAGGCUGCAUUUUCUUCUAAGCCAACUAACAAUCAAGCAGAAAUCAUACUAUGAAAAAAGUAGGUCAUUAGCUCCUAAGCAUGUUUUGGCUAAAGAUUUUUCCUUUGAAUAAAAGCUUGACCAGGGACCUAUGGCCAAUUGGUGGAAUCGGUUUUCGUUUGGUGUUGAGUUGAGCCCAAAUUAUAUCUGUUUGCUUGUAACCGUAGUUUUGCCAAAAUAGGGCAAAUGCUAUAGCAGUGCUGAAGUAUUGGUGCUGGUAUAAUAAUGUUAUAAAUAAGCUGAAGUAAAAGGGUACUAAUAUCCUUCAAUUAUGAAAGUGUGCAAUGGUAUAAAAGUGUUUGUUGGACUUUCUUUUUUUCUGGUUAUGGAAUUUUGUAAUUAAAUUACAUUAAUAAAAUC